AGUCUCCUGCUUGUCAUCGGUCGAGCAGCAGCGCCGUUUUACCAAAAAGACCGGCUUUUAUUUGAAAAUAAAAGUGGCGAGGAGGACAUUCUCGAUUCACCAGACGGUGUUGCGGACCCAGGACACCCAAUGGAGUUGCUUGACUUCGUUUCCAGGCGGUGACAAAGAAGCAGCAGGAUGAACUUCUCGGAAUUCUUCAAGCAAACCAACCAACUCUGCAAACUCUCGCCAGAUGGGAAGUACUUGGCCACCUGCGUGCAGUACAGGUUGGUGGUGCGGGACCUGGAAACACUGCAGAUUCUCCAUCUGUACACUUGUCUGGACCAGAUAUCCCACAUGGAGUGGUCGUCUGACUCGCAGUUUAUCCUCUGCGCCAUGUACAAGAGAGGUCUUGUGCAGGUGUGGUCUCUUGAGCAACCGGACUGGCACUGUAAGAUUGAUGAGGGCUCGAUCGGACUGGUGGCCUCGCGCUGGAGUCCAGAUGGACGUCACAUUCUCAACACCACCGAGUUCCAUUUGAGGAUCACCGUCUGGUCCUUGUGCACUAAAGCGGUGUCCUACAUCAAGUAUCCCAAAGCGUGCCACAAAGGCAUGGACUUCACCAGAGAUGGCAGCUACAUGGCCUUGGCUGAACGCCGUGACUGCAAGGACUACGUCAGCGUGUUUGUGUGCGACGACUGGCAUCUGCUGCGGCAUUUUGAGACGGAGACGCAGGACCUGUGUGGGCUGGAGUGGUCUCCGAAUGGCUGUGUGCUGGCAGUGUGGGACAGCUGCUUGGAGUACAAGGUGUUGCUGUACUCGCUGGAUGGUCGCUUAUUGUCCACCUACAGCGCCUACGAGUGGUCACUCGGGAUCAAGUCGGUCACCUGGAGCCCCAGCAGCCAGUUCCUGGCCAUCGGCAGCUACGAUGAGAAGGUCCGCAUCUUGAAUCACGUCACCUGGAAGAAGGUCACCCAGUUUGAUCAUCCUGCCAACAUUAACGGCUGCAAAACCGUUUACAAGGAGCUGGUUACUCCUGCACCGGUCAGCAAAGAGCUGCCGCUGCGGCCCUCGGCCCCGCGCUGCAGCACGCUGACCAAAUAUGAAGUCUGCGCACAGCCUGUCCACAUUUCCAGUGUCAAACCAGAUCCUGAUCGAGCCAACCCCAAAAUUGGCGUCUCAUCCUUGGCCUUCAGCUGCGACAGCCACUUUCUGGCCACCAAAAACGUGGGACCCUCAGCGCCCCCGUCUGGCCAUCUGCACCGGUCACUCCAAACUGCACCUGUGGUCUCCCGCCGGCUGUGUGUCGGUCAACAUUCCUCACGAGGGGAACUUCCAGGUCCAGUCUUUGGUGUGGCACUGCAGCGGAGAGUCUUUGGUCCUGGUGGGGAAGGAGCAGCUGUGUCUGUGCUACCUGGACUCCCAGCAGCAGCAGCACGGGUGAAGAACAAGUUUUUCUAUGAGUGUAACUUUGUCAGGCACAUAUUGAAUAAAGAAAUAUAUUUUGUUAAAGCCCUCUGUAGUUCAUCUUCAACCCAUUCUUCUUCCCGACAGUGAGGGACACUGCAGUCUUAAAUAAGCCAAACAUGUUUACAUCUUUUAUAAAACCACCAAAGAACAAAAGAAAUGACAACAGUUGAGGUACAUGACGUAACACCGU